AUCAACCCCUUCCUUUCGUCACAAAAGAAGGAAUUUGAUGAAGAACAAAAAACAAGUCCUCUUUCACAGUCGAAAAGCGAACUGAUUUUACGAUUCUUUAUAGUUGAAGAAAAAGGAAAAGGAAAAUGGAGGAUUCUCGAUCAUCAGACGGCGGAAGUGAGAGGCGAAGUUCCGUCAUUAGUAGGAGAGGGACGAACGGGACGUUGAACGUCAUAUUUACUGAUCCGCAGAUUCUCGAUUGCUAUAUUUGUUGCGAACCCUUGUCAAUUCCUGUUUUCCAGUGUGAGAAUGGGCAUAUUGCUUGCUCUAGCUGCUGCACCAAAGCUCAGAAUAAAUGCCCUAGCUGCACCUUAGCAAUUGGCUACAUACGUUGCAGGGCAAUUGAGAAGGUUUUGGAAUCAAUCAAGUUACCAUGUCAAAACGCAAUAUACGGAUGCAAAACCGUGAUGGGUUUGAACCUGAUAAACGACCAUGAGUCCUUAUGCAGAUAUGAACCCUGCUCAUGCCCUUUGGACAAUUGCACCUUUGUUGGUUCAACAGAGCAGUUGGGCUUACACUUCACCAAAAAACACAAAGACUCAGCCAAAAUCUUCUCAUACAAUACGAGGUUCACUAUAUGCUUGAACAAUGGUGAUACUCAUCGUAUCCUUAAAGCAGAGAAUGAUGGAGUUUUGUUCUUCCUAUCUUACACAUUUGAAAUUUUUGGGAAUGCUGUAACUAUGAACCGGAUUGGACCUUUGUCAUCUGAGAAAAAGUUCUGUUAUGAAAUUAAAGCCAAAACACUGGGGAGUGUUCUUUCUUUACAAUCAAUAGCAAAGGAGAUCCAAGGUUUGAUAAAAGUUCCUCCUUCCAAGGGAUCACUUUUGAUUCCUAACGAGUACUUUGGAUCUUCCACCCAGACUAUGUUGGAGAUUAGCAUUUGGCCUGCACACUAAAGACAAAAACUGUGAAUCAAUAGCACGUUUGCUGAUCUUCUUGGUUCAUUGAACUUUGAAUCUUUCUGGCUGCUUUUUUUUAUCUUUUCAAAGGACUUGUGUCUACUUUUGUACAUAUUAUCAUAUUUUGUCUUGGAUAGAUACCUAGGACAUCUUUUUUAUAAUUUUGUAUCUAUUAUCAUUUUUGGUACACCUAAACCUUAAAAGAAUUGUGUAAAAAAUAAAAAAUGUUAGUUUGACCUA